UGGUAAACAUCAUGAUGACAAAACACACAAAUAAUGGCCAAUAAAACUCGCAAAGGAAGUGCAGAGAAGCAGAUUACGCAUACACGCAUUGAGGAUGAAUCUGUCAUCGAGAAGACGUACACAUUCGGCAACAAAAUUGGUGCUGGAAGUUUUGGCGUUGUGAUUGAAGCAGUGCAAAUAAACACGGAUCAGAAAUUGGCGAUAAAAAUAGUCAAUAAAGAAAAGGCUGGUAGCUCAGCUGUUAAAUUACUGGAAAGGGAGGUGGGAAUUAUGAAGAUAGUUAAGCACAAGUACAUUGUACAUCUAGAAGAAGUCUAUGAAACACCUAAGAAAAUGUAUCUAGUUAUGGAAUUUUGUGGGGAAGGUGAUCUGCAGCACAUGUUGAAUGAGUCAAAAACGUUAAACGAAAAGGACACGCAAACUGUUGUGAAAAGGCUUGCAAGUGCGGUAGCUUAUCUACACAAAAAUGAUAUUGUCCACAGAGAUAUCAAACUUGAAAAUAUCUUGCUGAGCAAAGAUUAUGAAAAUCCAGAAGACAAACUGAACAUUAAGCUGUCAGAUUUUGGAUUGUCAAUAGUGAAAGGUGGAGUUGGAAGUGAUGCAAUGAUGCAAACAAUGUGUGGAACACCAAUGUAUAUGGCUCCUGAAGUUAUCAAUAAUCAAGGGUACAGCCAACAAUGUGAUGUAUGGAGUAUAGGAGUUAUAGCAUAUCUCUUAAUAUCUGGAACGCCACCAUUUACUGGACGCGAUGAGGAAUCACUGUACACAGCAAUUAGGAAAGGGGAGGUGGAUUUCACUUCAUCAGUUUGGGAAGGAAUUAGUGAAGAAGUAAAAAAUGCAAUCCAGGGCCUAACAAAGCUGGACCCUGCUCACAGACUAACUGCUAAUGAGCUCCUGAAUCACCCAUGGAUGUUGGGUGAGAAACUAAAAGGAAACGAACGAACAAAUGUAUUGGAGAUGAUGAAACAGAUGAUGCUAGAGGAGAAAGAGGAGCUGAUGAAUGGAACAAAGGAAAUAAGUGACAAUAAUAAUCUUGAUGAAAGUAAAUGUGAUGACAAAAAAGCAAAGGAUGAUAAACCUGAAAAUCGAAGAAGCUCAACAGGAAACAUUGGAAGUCCACCAAAAAGAUUAGGCGUAGUACGAACAGCACCAACAACAAAACCAAUAGUUACGGACAUGUCAACAAAAAUGAGGAUAUCGGCAUCUGCUACAAGUGCUCAGAAAGUAGGCACUAACAGACAUCGACCUGUAGUCCCAGGUUCAUCACGUUCAAAGCUAAGCCAACCAUCAAAAUCAACCAGUUUCAAGUCACCUUCUCCUAAAGUCCCACCAAACAGUAGUAAUAAAACAAAGAAAAAGUCUGCGGGCCCCAGUUGAUGAACGGGGUAAGUGGUCAAAUAAAGAAGACCAUGACAAGGAUUUAACUAGGCAUUUGUCAUGGGAUUGAGGACUAGUUGAUGCUGGUAAUGCUACCAGCGAAUAGGGCUCCACAUUGGUUCUAAAAAUAAAUUAAAUUAUUAUUCUGGGAUUCGGACUCUACGUAGGGAAGUACCAAAAUUAAAUAAUUAUUGUGGGAUUCGGACUCUACGUAGGGAAAUACCAAAAUUAAAUAAUUAUUGUGGGAUUUGGACUCUACGUAGGGAAGUACCAUCUGAAAAAACUUCCAAGUUGCUGAUGUUUUUGAAACUAGUUGGUUCCUGCUAGACCCUCUGCAUACUGUAGUUAGCGUGGGCUGUCUUUUAGGCAAUUAAUAAAGCCUGUGCCUUUUACAUUAUUUUCUAUCAUUACAUAUUUAAUCAUUUCAAAAGUGUUUCCUUAUUUGUUAUGCCUGAAGAAUUUCUAAUACUGUAUAUUAUAAAUAAUAGUUGCCACCAAAUCAAUCAACGUGUGACCGUCAGACUGUUGUUCCGGCAUGGCAGCCAACUCCCACUAUGUAUGUUGCAACAGUGCCUCGCUUAGCAGCAAACAUUGUGAAUGAAAAAUGCUGACACUGAAUGUUCAAUUUAAUGUGACAUAGGCAAUGCAGAGCCCUAUUGUGUUGGUUUUUAAUAAUGUGGAUCAAUUAUUCUGUUUUAAAUUGCAAUUACAAAUUUUUUCCUUUGUGUAUAUUCAUGCACAUACAGUAUUUAAUUGCAAUUUUCCCAGCCAUAAUAUAUACCAUGUAGUUAAAUUAACUUACCAAUAUUCACAAUUCCUUUGCGAUAUAGUUUAUUAGUAAUGUUAUUAAAAGAUGAAAGCAAGUACCUUGUGAAAUAUGCUAGCAUCUUGUAAUGUAGAAUUGUAAGAAAGUAAUUUUGAUGUGCAAAAUAUAGUAAUAGAUGUUUCUGUUUUAAAUAAGAGUACAGGAAUGUUUUUUAAAAUUGGAAAUUUAUAUUCUAGGUUAUUAUUUUUCAGUUGCAUAUGUAAUGUUUUGUACUGCUUUUUAAGCAUGUUAUAAUUAUUUCAUGGACUGCUAGAAUCAAAUUAAAAUUGGGUUUGUAAAGGAAUAAAUUUGUAAAGUUAGCUUUGAGAAGUACAUUUUGUGAAUGUCUAAAAUGCCAUUGCUAAUCCAGACAUUCCAACUUAAAUUCUCUGCAUAAAGCAUUUAUAUAUGACAAGUUGUACAAGGAUGUGAACUCCAUAUUCUACCAUUGAUUAAAGGCAUGUUUCUUUGAUGUAUGUAAAAUGGUAUAAAGUUGUUCAAAUAUAUGCGACUGAAUGAAAUA